CUCGAGAACUUGAACUUAUUGUACUAUGGAGAGACCUGAGGAAACGAAGGAAUGGGCGUUAGAUCCCGAGUCUGAAUAUCGUUUCGAGUUGGAUCCAAAUACCACUGUGGCUAUCAAGCUGAUAAGGGGCAAUGCAGAGAUAUUCGGCGCGGAACUCGCAGAGGGCGCGGUUUACCUCUUCGGACUGGAGUGUAGGGCGGCUGUCUACACUUGGCAAGGACGACCCUCAACAGAAUAUAUCUCUGAUGAGACGCCUAUGGCUGCAUACAUGAAUCUUCACCUCGCAUUUGAGCAAAUGCGUGUUCGUGCGCUGAGCUCUGCGCGUGGCACACCGUUACCGACCGAUUCUUCCAGUGUCCCCGACGGCCCACCACGAGUGCUUGUUGUCGGACCAGAGAACGCUGGGAAGACCACGGCAUGUAAGAUAUUGGCGAAUUAUGCUGUGCGCACGGGACAGGGCUGGGCACCUAUGUUCGUCAAUGUUGACCCAGGUGAAGGAGGUUGGACUGUUCCCGGAACUAUAUCCGCAUGUCCAAUUAGCACUCCCAUUCCAACACAGACACCCGCGAACCCACUAGGAUCAACGGCUACUUCAGCACCUGCGGCGUUAUCAUCAUCUGCUCUAUUACCUCUAGUAUACUGGUAUGGCCACGCGGAAGCCCGAGCAAACCCUCUGCUCAUGGACCGACUUAUCCGGAAUCUCGGUGAGAACGUAACUUCAAGGCAGGAUAAUGGUCCGACAGGCAGGAGCUCCGGUAUUAUCGUCGAUACGCCCUCGUCCUUCGCCACCGGACUUGCAGGGGUGCCUAAUGACAAGAAAUUUGCCUUAAUUAGGUCUUGCGUUGACGCUUUUCACAUCAAUGUUAUAAUAGUUGUUGGACAUGAGAAGCUAAAUGUCGAGAUGCAGCGUAUGUUCGGUUCGUCACAGACCGUAAUCAAACUUCCUAAAUCUGGAGGGGUGGUCGACGUGGACAUAGCAUACCGAGAACGCGUGCACCGUUACCAGAUCCAUAACUACAUGUACGGACAUCACUUAACCCCUCCCUCGGGACUCUCCCAACAACCUACACAAGGUACAUCCGAAGAAUCUUCAGACCUUCUAGCCGACUCUUCCCGCCUUUCUCCUCUGUCCACUACGAUCCCCUUCUCCGACCUCACGAUCUACCGAAUCGGUGGAGGUGCGAUCGCUCCUACAAGCGCACUACCCAUCGGUGCACAGCGUGCCGUAACGGAACUUCAACCUGUUCUCGUCGACCCCGCACAAAAAGGCUCUGGAUUGUUGAACUCUGUUCUUGCUCUACUUGCCCCUCAGAACCCAGAUGAGAACGAGAGGUAUGAUGAAGAAGUGCUCGAUUUGGCUGUCGUUGCUUUCCUCGUGGUAACUGGAAUCGACAUGAGGGCACACAAAAUGACCAUCCUCAUGCCAAGUCCUGGCUCAAUAGCAGGCAGAACAGCACUCAUGGGCUCAUUUGAAUGGCAAGACCAGUAA